UGAGGAUAUUGUUGCCUUCCAGGGCAGCGGCAGGUUGGUAUGGGACUUGGGUGCCAGGUGUCUUGUGUGGGCCCCAAGGACCGGUAUGUGCUUUCACUAUACUGCACUGUUGUGUUGUAGCGUCUCAUGACUUGUGUGUACUUGUGGGGCUGUGUUUGGGAUGGUCUCUUCUUUUAUUUAUAGCCUUUCAUUUCUUAUAAACUUGCUGAGUCUUGCGACUCACCUUGCUUUCCAUCAUUCCAGGUAAGGGUAAAGCAAAGGCCGAGGGCGAGGAUCGUUCCAUUUAGCAGCCGGCCGUGUUGGUAUCAUGGACGCACGACGUGGGCGAGGUCGUGGUAGACCGUCGGCACGAGGUAGAGGACACCUUGUCCCUACUCCGGAGGUUCAGGCUACAGGUGCGGGAGAGCAGAGACAGCCAGGGCCACCAGAUAUGCAGGAGACAUUAGCGGGUAUUUUACGAGCUGUAGAUGUACUGGCAGCAUCUCAGUUGCGACAGGAGCGCAGACAUGAUGAUAGGACCGCUACGGCCCAGGCGUCGCAUUCAGGUACGUCGGGAGCAGGGGACGGUUCAGGUGCUACAGUGCUUAGAGAUUUUAUGGCCCUGCGACCACCAGAGUUUAGUGGAGGCGCUGAUGCGACGGUGGCUGAGGAUUGGUUACUAGCGGUGGAGAAGCAUUUGAGAUCCAUAGACUGUGCAGAGGCCCACAGAGUUCGACUGGGGACUUUCUUGUUACGAGGUGACGCCGAGCGGUGGUGGGAGACCACCAGACAGAGAUAUGGCGAUGGAGGUCCGACAUGGGCACAGUUCGUCGAGGCGUUCAAUGAGACCUAUGUACCAGCUUGGAUCAGAGAGCAGAAGGUGUUUGAGUUCAUUGAGUUACAACAGGGCAGUAAGACAGUUACGCAGUAUGAGACUGAGUUCGUGGCAUUAUCUCGUUAUGCUCCUGAGUUAGUGACCCCUGAGUCGCGUCGAGUUAGCAAGUUUCAGAGGGGGUUACGACCAGAGAUCCGUCAUGCCAUGGCUGGUAUUGAGGCCCCUGACUUCCCUACGGCUGUUCAGCGAGCCCACGCGGUGGAGAGGGAUCGACUGGAGGCCCGAGCAGAGCAGUUAGUCUUGAAGGGUGCAGGGAGCAGCGGUAAGAAGAGGAAGUGGGAUGCAGGCAGCCAGAGUUCGGGAUUUCCACAGUGCCGGCAGUGCGGGCAGAGACACCAGGGGCAGUGUCGGGAGGUACGUCGAGAUGUAUGUUAUCGCUGUGGUCAGCCGGGGCAUUUGAAGAGAGACUGUCCACAGGCGCCUAGACCGACUACACCAGCCCCACCAGCUACACCGGCCACAGGGCAGGAGAUUAUUUGUUAUCGCUGUGGACAGAGGGGCCACCGAGCGAACAGGUGCACCCAGCCAGCACAGAGUGGAGGGCCACGGACUGGAGGUGUGGGGCCUAGACCAGUUCAGAGACAGUCUGCACCUAGGACGCAGGGUGCAGGAGCACCAUUACCUCUUCCAGCAGCACAGCGCCCAGGAUCUACAGAGAGAGUUCAGAUGCAGGGACAGGCAUUUGCAGUGUCAGCGACCGAGGCAGCUGAGAGCAGUGAUAUAGUGCAAGUCAGAGGGACGAUGGUUUGCUAUUGUUUCGUGGACGGAUAUGUGUGCCGAGGGACAGUGAUAUCAGGCAGAGGAUCCUAG